AAUCGGGAAUUCGUGGAAUUAAGUUAUAGUUAAACGCGGAUUGACGCGCAAGACCUAUCCUCUACGCAUUUUUAGAUGCUACUACACUACUCGUUUGUUCGUUCGGUUUGCAUAAACUUACCUAUGUACGUGAUCCGUGCUUCACUUGAUUGCGAAUCAAAUGGACUUGUUAAUUAAUUAAUCAAUCAAUAAAUAAAUUAAUCAAAACAACUUUGCAGACAGAUAGGAAUUAUUCUACCUAUAUUCUGACUGUGUGUGAUCACUUUGGAAAAACCGCAUUUCGUCAGCGAGCGUUGUGCGCAUUGCGAAACUUCUACUACAAAGCACAACAACCGAACAACAAUCAGUUAAAUUACCUCCUCCUCCGUCAGGAAGCGCACCCCAACCCAGCCCCCGGCCCUAAUCGACAACGAAUUGUGAAUUGUGCGGUUAGCACUCUACCGUCUACCCUACCCAAGAGUAGUUCAUUUCUAUUCAGAUGCCCAGCAAGUGUCGUUUGGAUAAAACCGUCUCCAUCAUCAACAAGUGCAAGUGGAAAAAUGUAAACGGAUGAAAUUCGGUUACUACUUUUUUCAAAAAUCAAAAAUGAAAAUUCGCAAAUAAAAAUCCUAAACACCAUAAACCGUAAAUCGUAAACCGUAUUUUCCGAACUAAACCGAGAAAUGUAAUAGAAUUAAUUAAUAAACUAAUUUAUUGAGACUUAAUUCUUCAACAACAACAACUGUCAAGUGAUUAGCAAUUAAUCAAAAAUCAAAACGAAUUGAAAAUGAUAAAAUCUACCGAACGUAGUAGAUUUUUAGUGAUGGCCAUUGUGGCCUUCUUAAUGGCGGUUAUGGUUGCCGGAAGUGAGACUGUGAGUGAUUCAAAGCCCCUGCAUCAAAACGAACAUAAUUUCAAAAAUCAAAAGUUAAUCGAGAGUAAGAUCAUCCCAGAGGUGAGCGGUGUGCUCAAGGAUAAGGAGAAUGCCCGCGAUGAUAAGUGGGAGCAUAGUAGGCGGUUCAUGGAGGACGGCUUGCCCGUUCUGGAUAUUUACGGAUACAAAGCGAAAAAGGAGAUUCCAUUCACAUUGAUUAUUCCAAAAAUCGAUGUUCGAACUAUCGACAAACCAAGGCUGAAGGAGUUUAUGUUGGAACAUAUUGUACCGGGGAAGGCAUUUGACACAUUCACUGACGAGGACCACUAUGGCAACGGAAAUGGACACAAAAUCACAUUCCGGAAGCUAGAGAAAUCCCACAGCAAUCAAUGGCUCCUAAAUGGCUUCCAAAUAGUACACAAGCAACGACUGAGCGAUAAUUUAAUUGCAAUCUUAAUCGACGGAUACUUGGGUGACAGGAAGUCACCAUACUCCAAGAGAAAUAUCCAAGAAACGAAUACUCGUUAUAACGAGCCACAACGACUAGAAAGUCGCAAUGCAACAACCAAAAACGAACCAGUUCCAAAAGAAUCGAAAUCGAGUCCUCUUAUGUCCUUCCUGAUAAGUAUGAAAACAGGAACGAAAGUUUUCCAGCAUUUCCUUAGCAAAAGCAAUCUUACGCAGAUAAUGGACGAAGGUCCAUAUACGAUACUUAUUCCGGCAGAUAAUGCCUUUCAAAGAUGGCACCCCAUUGACUGGGGAUUCUAUCCCUUUAGUGUACAGGAGUUCACUGAGAGUGUGCUGCGGAAUCAUUUCUUACCCACUCAGAAGCCCAUCCGUAUGUCUGAUGUAAGGAAUGUUGAUCGCAUGACAAUGCGAACAAUGGGCGGCGAGAAUGUCGUCUUUCGUGGUUACCCUUCACCAUCCAUUAAUAAUGUUUCGAUAAUGGCUGACUACACUCUUUCGAAUGGCAAUCAAGUUUUCAUUAUAUCGGAAGUGCUUUUUGUAUCGGAGGCAGUUGUGUCGAAACUGCACCAGAUGCAUAAGGAUAAGGAAACUCCACCACUUCUCGCCUUCCCAUGGUUUGGUGCACAGUUCCUUUCACAUUCGUUCUUGGCGCUUGAAAGGGAUCCCAGGUUUACUCAGAUAACAAGAUAUCUCAACAAUGCUGAAAUUGCACCGCAUGUAUCUGGGGCUAAUUACACGUUCUUCGUGCCAGAUGAUGAGGCCUUUGAAAGACUUGGAUUUGAUCUUCUUCCCGAUGACGUUUUAGCUUCUCCCAGAGGAAUCAAAAUGCUUCUGAACCAUUUUAUACGUGGAAGACUGUACGAUCGUGAUUUGAAAGAUGGUGAAGUCUUUGAGGCUAUCGGUGGUGGAUCUGUGAAAAUUACUCGGCGGCCAGGUAGUAAUGUCACCGUGAAUAAUGCUAAAAUCACCGAAAGUGAAGUAUUUGUCUACAACUUGGGAACAAUGUUUUACUUAAGUGAUGUCUUGUACUCGGACAUUCUGCGAGAAUACGUAUCAGUGAAACCCCAAGCUGGCAGUAAUAACAAUUUCGAAGCUUCCGGCCAUGGAGUUAAUACACGAACAUCGUCGGUGGCUCCCCCUACCGAUGUCGAAAUAGUGCCAAACGAAUUCUUUACCGAACAAAGUGGAACGGGUGAUUUCUCAAUGCACGACGAAGAUGAAGAUGAAGUCAUUACACCAAAGGCCCUGCCCGUCCGUUUCAACUUUGAGCCUCCAAAAUAAGUCAACGUCGAAGUUAUUAUUUUAUAAAUAUGAUCACACACAUUAAAUAAAAGGACUUUAAGUUGGCAAAAGUCAGCGUUGAGAAUUAUUUUCAUUCCCUUCCAAUCCGCAAAUCUCUCUUCCUGUCUUACUGUUUCCGGAAUAAAUAAACUCUAUGAGCAUCAAGCAACUUCCCGACCUUGACUCCGACCUCGACCCCAACCCUACUCCCCUUUCACUUUCAUUGUACUCACCACAUUGCUCUCCCUAUAUGACAAAAUAUAUGUGAUUAAGGAUAUUUUUUAAUUUAGAAUGUUUAAUUUAUACAAAAUCAAGAGAAAAGAAAAAACAUUUAAAAUUUAAAAUUAAGAUUAGCUGAUCUAGAGGCAAUUAAAACAGAAACAACAAAACAAUACAUAAAUAAAUAUUUUGUAGUUUAAUAAAAUACAAAAAAAAAUCCGUAGAAAAAAACAACCUCAAACGAGGGGUGCUAAAAAUUAAAUAUUUGCGCUUUUAAUGUUGUUUUUCUUUUUUAUUUUUUGAUAAAAAUACAAAAUAAACUAUAAAUUUGAUUAACAUAUCUGAACAAUUAAAAGCACAUAUUAUACCGUUUGAAUAAUUUAAUUUAGCUGGAAAUAUCUUCAUCGAUUUAGAACAGUGUUUUUAUUUAAAAAAAAAACAUUUAUUAUUCUACAUUAUAUGGCUUGGAACUUGUUUUAUUUUAUUUUAUUUGUUUUUCAAUUUUACAAUUUAGUUUUAAAUAUAGUAUGUACCUACCUUUAAUAUACAAAUACAUAAUAUUUUCUUUA